ACCAUUAUAAAUUGAAAUCACUUCAAUCACCCUUCCUUCACAGGAUGGAGUCGGUAAGAGUGUUGUUUUCUACCUCACGUAACCAUAGUGAUGAUGACACGUGUACCAUGGAACACAUUAUCUUUAGCCCAGCCUGGAAAUAUGCCACCACGCACGCUUCUCCAUUGUUAUAAGAAUUUUUUGCUUUUUCUUGCUUCGUAUCAUGCGACCGACGAGGAUUUCUUGCUGAAUCUCAAUCGCAAACAAUCCACAAAGAGGGUGUCUGGUCCCCGUUCAAGAAAGAAAGAAAAAGGAAAAAAAGAUCCGUCCGUCCUUCAUGCUUGUUUUAUAUGGUUCUUGAGAUGCUGCUUUGUCCAGAUAUUGAGGAGUAGCCGUCCUCCUGAGAUCAUCGAUCAGAUCCAAAAAUGGGCUAUGUGGUGAUAGUGUCAUUACCUGUGAUACUAUUCAUCUUAAUAGUAGCCCUUGCAUUUUACCUUCUUGGCAGGGCUCGGGGUCGAAGUGAAGCAGCCAGAAUUCCCCAGUAUCAUGGGCCUCCUGCCCCUCCCGCCCCUCCUUUCCAACCCCAGCCUCCGCCACAGGAGAAGCCAUCGCCGUCUCAUGUUUAGAAUUCAGAGUUGGUGUAAAUUAAUAGUCUCUGUGUGUGCUUUUCCUAUAAGCAACGGUUUAACUUAACAUGGAUGCCUGAGCAGUGAGCAAAGAACUAUUCUUUAAUUUGUAACAAAAAGAAAAAAACUUUUAUUUUAUGCAUUGUAGAAUACUAAAUAUAUAAACUAAUAUUGGUGUUUGUUACUAUAAAUUAAAGUUGAUUUCUCAUUGUGAAGCA